CCCAUCCGCCCCGCCCGCUCUUUUUCCUCAGCUGCCGCCUGGCAGUUCGUCAGCCCUGCCAACGUGGAGCCGGCCGAGGCCGAAGCGAAGGCGGAAGUGUUCUGAGGGGAAGAGGAGGAGGAGGAGGGAGCCUGUAGCCGCCGCAGCUGAGGAACCUCCGGCCAUGGAGAGCUCCUUGGAGAAGAUGGUUGACCCUACCUUAGCAGAAAUGGGAAAGAAUCUUAAUGAGGCCAUGAAGCUGCUUGAAGACACUCAGAGGAAAGCGGAAGAAGAAAACGAAAAAAAGUAUACAAGGAAGGAUAUUCCUGGACCACUUCAAGGCAGUGGCCAAGAUAUGGUCAGCAUUCUCCAGUUAGUUCAAAACCUCAUGCACGGAGAUGAGGAGGAAGAAUCACUGCAGUCUUACCGACUUCAGAAUGUUGGAGAACAAGGUCACAUGGCUCUGUUAGGGCACAGCCUGGCAGCAUAUAUUUCAGUGCUGGACAGAGAGAGGCUGAGAAAACUUACAACACGGAUCCUUUCUGAUACCACCCUGUGGCUUUGCAGACUCUUCAGGUUUGAAAAUGGGUCAGCAUAUUACCAUGAAGAUGAUCGUGAGGGUCUUUUAAAAGUCUGCAGGCUGGUGAUUCACUCGCGCUACGAAGACUACGCUAAUGAAGGCUUUAACGUGCUCUAUGACAAACAGCCAGUCGUAUACAUUAGCUCUGCAGCUAGAGCAGGCUUGGGGCAAUCUCUUUGCAGUCAGCUUGGAUUACCCCUUUCCUGCAUGUGCCGGGUGCCUUGUAACACAAUGUUCGGCUCUCAGCAUCAGAUGGAUGUUGCUUUACUGGACAGACUGAUUAAGGAGGACAUCGAUUCUGGAAAACUGCCAGUAUUAUUAGUGGCCAAUGCCGGUACACCAGGAGCAGGGCAUACGGACAAACUUGGACGACUGAAAGAACUCUGUGAGCAGCACAGCAUGUGGCUUCACGUCGAAGGGGUGAAUUUGGCCACAUUGGCUUUGGGUUAUGUCUCUUCAUCUGUACUGGCAGCAACCAAAUGUGACAGCAUGACCCUGACUCUGGGGCCCUGGCUAGGUCUUCCGGCGGUGCCUGCCGUGACUCUCUACAGACACGAGGAUCCUUCUUUGUCCUUGGCUGCAGGCCUGACCUCUAGUCAGGCGGUGGAGAAGCUCCGUGCCCUGCCGCUGUGGCUCUCCUUGCAAUACCUUGGACACGAUGGGAUUGUUGAAAGAAUAAAGCACGCGUCUCAGUUGAGUCAACGGCUAUUGGAAAACUUGAAAAACCAGGAUUUCAUUAAAACCUCAGUUGAAGAUGAGCUUAGUUCUCCUGUGGUGGUAUUCAAGUUUUCUCCAGAAGUCCCACAUAUAGAUCAUAUGAUACGUGCUGUGCAGACCCCUACAAUAACUGGCAACGAGAGAUACGUUUGCGAUACUUUUAAUCAGUGGCUGGGAGACCAGUUGGCUCAGCUGGUGCCUGCCAGUGGCGUCGACAUAGUGGAACUGGAGGAUGAAGGCACCUGUGUGCGUUUUAGCCCAUUAAUGACUUCUGCAGUUUUAGGAACUGAAGUGCAAGAUGUUGACCAGUUGGUGGACUGCUUGAAAUUGAAGGUUCCAGUACUCACCUGCACGCUGCAACUAAGGGACGAAUUUGAGCAAGAAGUGAAACGGACCGUAGGUCUGUCCUACGUUGAAGACCUCGGCUGGCCUGGACUUGGGGUGGUAAGGUACGAGGGGCAGAAUGAAGACAAGCCAGAGAAAGAAGUGGAGAAGAUAAACUGCGGGCUUCUGAAAAAGUUAAAUGAGUUGGAAUCAGAUCUGUUGUUUUCCUUAGGUCCAGAAUUUGGAGGGGAGAAAAACUGCAUUUAUAUUGGAAUGGUCACUGAGGAUCUAGAUGUGUCUGAGCUGGUUGAAACCAUUGCAGCAACGGGCCGUGAAAUUGAGGAAAAUUCAAGGCUGCUGGAAAACAUGACUGAGGUUGUUCGAAAAGGCAUACAGGAAGCCCAGGUUCAGCUGGAGAAAGCCAACGAGGAACGACUUCUUGAAGAGGGGCUGCUCCGACAGAUUCCUGUAGUGGGCUCUGUGCUCAACUGGUUUUCUCCAUUUCACGCGUCACCAAAGGGACGGACGUUUAACCUAACAGCAGGUUCUUUAGAAUCUACCGAGCCCACCUAUGUAUCCAAAGUACAGGGCACUGGGAUCACCCCGCCUCCCACUCCCACAUCGGGCCGUGCUAAACAAAGAUUCCCCGGACAAAAGCUGUUUAAAAGGUCGAGGAAUUCCGACGGCUGCAGCGAGACGAGCUCGGUGAGUCACACUGACGACUUGGACAGAGCAGAGCCACGCCCUGGCGCGUCACCCGCCGGCCAAGAGAGUCCGGAGCAACCGCCAGACGAGAGCGCACCUCCGACGCAGGAAACGGCCGAAAACUCCCCAGGUGACCCUGCCCAGACCCUGGGCAACGACUGCACUAAAUCUGAGGAACACGGGAGUCUGAGAUAAAACCCAGACACUGCACAUUCAAGACUUUGUACAGAAAAAUCACUCCCUCCAGAGCAGGGUAAUUUAACGAUGCAUUUAAAAUGUGAACGGUGCCACAGUUAGUACAGUAAUAACUGCUGUUAACUUGUGAUUGACUGGAGAUUUUGCACAAAGAUUAGCGGAAGAAUUCUUCUCUCCUUCACCCCCAACCCCGUCUCCUUUCCUUGUGGGGCCUUGUUUUUACGACACGCUUGGUUACGGCGGCUCUUCGUCCUGCGAAUGUUUGUCUUGCCAAGGUUAUGUUGGAAUGGCUAGUAAGCAUUUGCCGCUUUGUCAGGAACCUUGCAAGUGACCCUUAUGGCUUGAUUCCAGGUGGCACCCGAAAGAAUGAUCAGGUUCUUAUUAUGCUUUGCCCAGACAUCGCUUGAUUUUUAGACUGAACACAUUAUUUGCACUUGUUCUGGGGGAGAGGUAAAAUCGUUCUAAUCAAUAACUGUUUAAUAAACCUACUAGUUGCCACUAUCUUAUUUCUCAAUACCCAAUUUACUAGGUAAACAAAUCCAUAGACACCCUCCCUAGACUAUUAACCCUUUGCUUUAUAAAUACCUUACAUUAAAAAAAAAUUCUAGAAUUUUGCCUCACGUGUGCAUAUAUGGGUGUCUGAGCACUACCUUUUGCAUUUCCCCCCCUCUCACCUGAAGUCUGUCUUGCAGUCUUAUAGGGCGUAAAGCAGCUGGAUUACGGGUGCUUUCAUUCCUUCGAUAGCCACUCUUGGUGGCAGCUGGGAACUGAUAACCCAUAAUUUCCCACCUUCCUGCUUCUCCUUUCAGGGCCACUUAGAAUCAAACCGACUGGAAACUUUUGCAUUAGGAGUAACCGUCACCCCAGAUUCUCUUGCGUCACAUCUUUUGGAAAGAUGUAAGUGAAACACUUGAACUGACAUGUCACAUGUCUGUGAUGUUUCCUGUACUGCUUGUUCUGAUUUCCCCCCUCCCUGAGAUCAGUACCUUACAUUUGUUAGAUAUUGUAAAUAUCCAGAGAAAUUAUUAGGUUAAAUACACUGCUGCACUAUUUAAAAAGAAGAAGACAAAUUCCCUGAGCUAACUUUUUGUUUAAAGCCAAGAGCAAAUAUUCAGAAGCGUAUUUCUUCCCCCAAUAAUUAUGCCUUCACUUUUGUGACUUCUCUAGUUCGGUUCCUGUUGAGUUUGCACCUUGUCAUACCAGGAGAAACUUAGUUUUAAGGUGGGGAGCAAAGUUAGCCACGUUGACCUCAAGUUGCUCUAAUAACUUUAUUAGGCCAACUGAAACAUCACUAAAAAGAAUUGUGCAAGCUUUUGAAAUGCCCAGAUCUCUUCAGGCAAGAUUUUAUACAUCUUUUAUAACACCUUGCCUGAAAAAAAGGCAUCCGGAGAUAUCAAAAGCGUGCAUAAUUUUGGGUGAUCUUUGGGUUAAUUCUAAGAAUCGAUGUGAUCAAUCCCCACGUGAGUCUUUGAUCAAUUGUUUUGAAAUCCAUGCAAUUUAAAAAAAGUCAGCUUCACCGAAAAGGAUUAAUUCCGUUUUUUGUGAAGGGCCUUUCCUGUAGUCAGGGUCUGUGGCAUUUCUCCUUGGGUAUAUCUGUUUGCGUAAACUAAGUACAGACCAGCCCUGAGCAAUUGGAAAUGUUAAUCACCUCCUAGCACAGAUAAUGAAUUAAAGAGUGGCUGUUCACCAGGGACCUCUUUACUCUCUGCUGGUGCUUCUAUUUUGCCAUUAUAAAUACUGCAACAGUAGCAGCUGCUUAGGCACAGAAGUUGAGCAUUAUUACAUCUGCAAGAGAGGAAAUACGGAAAUGGUCUUAGAUGGUUUAACUUGAAAACAGAACCUAGAGAUGAUCUGCUUUCAAACUCAAGUAACCAAACGCAGAAAAACAGCUUACGGAAACGAAGGGCCAAACUAGACAUUACGGCAAAUGGACAUCUAAUUUCUCCUCCACAACAUUUAGAAAAAGUUAAACGGGGUCACGAUGGUGCAUUCUCUCACGAUUUGCAAUAAACUCUGCACGGAGAAGGUAAGUUCUGCUAGGCAUGAUGGAGGUGGAAGGAAAUCCAGGCAUAUGGAACUGGGCUGGCGGAAGUGGACUUUCCUGCCCCUUCCUCCCCACGGUAACCCACCAAACUCCGGAAAAUCCUUCACAGAGGGUUGGACAACCCUCCUGAAUAAGGUGAACUGUAGUCCAUGGGGGGAAUCCCCAAAACUAAGGCAGAAGCGCCUUCUGUAAGUGGAGCCCCUCCAUCCAUGGAAGGAAAAUCCUGGAUCCUAACCCUAAUGCAGCCUGUUACCCUCUAAAUGGAUUGGACUGGAAGUCCCAUAAUUCCCCGCUAGCAUGGCCAAUGUCUGCUGUGUUUUCCGUAACAUCUGGUUUAGUCCUCACCCAGAUAAGCCCAUUUCUUUGACAAGCUCAGCUAGAACAAGCUUGUAAUAUCCUCCAAAGUAUUCUACCUGGCUUUAAUUUACCAACAUGGCCACAGGUUUUGCCUUGGUGUGUUUAGAUUUGAGAACUGCCAUUGGUUAAGGGUAGAGUCAACUCACCCUCUCCAAUAGAGAAAGGAUUGGGAAAUCAUUAAAAUAUGGACAGGCUUAACGGGCUUGCUGUGUUUCUCCAACUAAGAGUUGACUUUUAAAAGUGCAAAUUGAAUUCUUGUCUUCCUUGAGAGAUUAUUUGGUGCAAUGAAUUAUAUAUUAACUUGGGUUCAUUGAGGGGAAAGGGUUAAAGUUAUAAUCGUUAAUACAAAUUUUAAUGUUUUUAUAUUGAUAAGCUGGCAGUUUUGCUGGGAUACAGACCUAAUUUAGAUACCUCCCAAAUGCUUCAAUAAAGGUUCUUCAAAUUGUUAUAUUUGUGUUGAGUUUGUGGUGUUAAAAAUCUUA